AUGACUGUAGAGUGGGCGAGACCUGACCUGAACCCCAGAUUUGUGUAUGUGUGGCGUGACGGAGUGGAACUAGAGAGUAAAAAGCAUUUGAUCUACAAGGGAAGAACAUCAGUGUCUGUAGACAAACUGAGGCAUGGAGACGUUUCACUGAAACUCUCCAGAGUGAAACUCUCUGAUCAGGGAAGAUACAGAUGCUUCAUUCCUACACGUGGUGACUCUUUCAUUGAGCUUGUUGUUGGUGUUGUCUCCUUACCUGCCAUAGUGAGUAUUAACAGAACCAGCAGUGCAGUGGUGUUACGGUGUGUAUCUAAAGGCUGGCAUCCAGAGCCUGAGGUGUUUUGGUUGGACGGUGAGGGAAACCUCCUCUCUGCUGGACCUACAGAGACAGUCAGAGGUCCUGAUGACCUCUAUACUGUCAGCAGCAGAGUGACUGUAGAGAAGAGACACAACAACAACUUCACCUGUAGAGUCCAACAGAACAACAUCAACCAGAUCAUAGAGACACACAUUCAGAUUUCAGCUGAUUUCUUCACAAUCCCACCAAGUUCAUUUGUUUAUAUCAUCAUCGGUGUCAUUGUUUUGAUUAUUUUCUGUUUGUGCAGUCUUGCAUUCAUCUUUGCUUGGUGGAAAUGGAAACAACAAAAACCAAGAACAACACAAACCAUGAAGCUUGAGCCUCUAAUUGAUGGAGAAAGAGACUGAGAAGCACCUUGUUGGAAAACAGGCAAUGGAGGACCAGAAGAAGUGAGAAAAUGACAAAAUGUACAAGUAAAAAAUAUUAAUUCAGAUUGUGAGUAAUGGAAAACUGACACAAAGCACGAAAGAGGAUUUGGACAAGAAACACUGAAUACAGUAGUCAUGAAAACCACAAAGUACUGCUGACCAAUCCAAUUUUAAAAAUUUCUGCAACUAGAAAACAGGUUUUAUUUAAGUAUUCUGGUAUGUCAGAGCUUGUGAUUAUGACUAUCAUGCCAAUGCUACAAAAAAAGUCCAUAAACUCUGUUGACAGAGGUGUUGAGAUGUUGUGGUAGUUCUGCGCGGGCUUUGUCAGAGUUAAAUGGUGACAUGCACUCAGAGGGUGUUAUAUUUAUGUAGACAGACAGAAUGUGUGGUUUAAACUCUUUAAAAUGUCUGUAUUUGACUUUUGAGAAGCUUCAUUUCAAUGAAUGACAACCUCAUAAUACUUAGGAAAAACUAUGGCCACAAUACAUUCACAUGUUUUUCAUGUUCACAUAUAAAAAUAUGAACAUGUGGUAGAGCACACUUU